UACCGGCAAAGUUGACUGUAAACACGUGAAAGUAGAGCUUAAAAGCAGUGAAAUACAGCAGUGGAUGAUGCUGUCAAGUUCUUUGAAAGAGGUGAUAAACAGCUUACGCAAUGGCAGUAUUCAGAGCAAGGAGUUGUGUGAGAAGUGUAUCAGACGUGUGCAGAAGACCAGAGAACUUAAUAGCUUCAUCACAGAGACAUUAGAUAUUGCCAGAAGUCAAGCUAGUGAGUCACAGGCAAGACAGCUAUCAGGCUCCUCUCUAGGUAUUCUAGAUGGUGUCCCAGUCGCUGUGAAAGACAACUUCUCCACCUUGGGCGUGCAGACAUCUUGUGCGUCUGCGAUCCUCAAAGGCUAUGUUCCUCCUUAUAAUGCUACCAUGGUACAGAGGCUGCUGGACCAAGGCGCUGUCAUGAUGGGAAAGACAAACUUAGAUGAAUUUGCUAUGGGGUCUGGCAGCCUGGACAGUGUCUAUGGACCAGUGAGGAACCCUUGGAAGUAUACUUUUCAAAAUUACGAGGCCAACAAACAAGAUGACCUGAACAAACAAAGUUUAAGAUUUUCAAAUAAAGGAAAUAGUGCAAAUCACAAAAACAAUAUUCAAAGUGAAAGUAUAAAAAACUCUGAUAGUACGAACGGUCAAAACGGGUCAUCUGGUAUUCCUGAAGACAUGGAUGUCAGUGACACGAGGUCAGAAGAAUGUGAUUGGUACGUGAGUGGGGGCAGCUCAGGAGGCAGUGCUGUAGCCGUAGCAACGGGGACAGCUUUUGCAGCACUGGGUUCUGACACGGGAGGUUCUGUGAGGAUUCCCGCCUCCUACUGUGGUGUUGUGGGCUUUAAACCCACCUAUAGCCUGCUGUCCCGGUAUGGACUGAUACCUUUAGUCAAUUCUCUGGACGUACCUGGGAUUUUAACCAAAACAGUAGAUGACACUGUGAUCAUGUUAAAUGUUUUAGCUGGCCAUGACGUCCAUGACUCCACAACUAUGACUGACCCCUACAAACCUGUACUGGCUGUAGAUUUUCCUGAGAAAAUCUCUCUAAAAGGAUUGCAUAUAGGAAUACCGAAGGAGUAUCAUGCCCCUGGUCUGGCGUCUGAUGUCCUGUCGGCCUGGGACAAAGCCGCUGACCUGUUUGAAGCUCAUGGCGCCACAGUAAGUGAGGUGUCUCUGCCACACACUCGCUUCUCCAUCGUCUGCUACUCUAUACUGUGUGCUUGUGAGGUCUCCUCCAACAUGGCAAGAUAUGAUGGGAUUGAGUUUGGUCACAGGGCACAGAAUGCUGACGCGUCCACAGAGGCUUUGUAUGCCGCUAGCAGACAUGAGGGCUUUAAUGAUGUUGUCAGGGGGAGAAUCUUAGCAGGGAACUAUUUUUUACUUAAUAAAAACUAUGACACUUAUUUUAUCCAAGCACAGAAGGUGCGUAAACUGAUCAGCGAGGACUUUGCCUGCGUGUUCUCCGUGGGUGUGGAUGUACUACUUACCCCUACCACACUGACCGGCGCCCCUAAAUAUAGCUGGUAUAAGAGGGAAGACAACAGAACUAGGACAGAACAACAGGAUGUUUUUACUCAGCCAAUCAAUAUGGCAGGCCUGCCUGCAGUCAGCGUGCCAGCCUCACUGUCAGAUGAGGGCGUACCCAUAGGGCUACAGUUCAUUGGACCAAUGUUUAGUGAACAGAAACUGCUCACGGUAGCAAGAUGGUUUGAACAGCAAGUGCAUUUCCCUAGGCUCAGCUUGGAUGGAAUUCUUGGAGAUUUAUGAUAAGAAGAAAAAUUAGUAGGAUACAUUGGGUUUAUUCACAUCAAUAUUUUGUGCUGAAUUUUUAAAAAGUGCUAUUAAAAGUAAUCUUGCUUUUGAAUUAA